AUGAUUCUAAGUGCGGUCGGGUCCGCACUGACGUUGCUCCUCCGCUCUCCCCGGCUUGCAGCGGUCGCCGCCAUGAGCACUGGCACCUUCGUCGUGUCGCAGCCGCUCAACUACCGCGGCGGGGCCCGAGUGGAGCCGGUGGACGCCUCCGGCACGGAGAAGGCGUUCGAGCCGGCUACCGGCCGAGUGAUAGCUACUUUCGCGUGUUCAGGAGAAAAGGAAGUCAGUUUGGCUGUUGAAAAUGCAAAGGCUGCCUUUAAAAUCUGGAGUAAGAAAUGCGGCAUGGAGCGUUGCCAAGUCCUUUUAGAGGCUGCCCGGAUAAUAAGGGAGCAGAAGGAGGAAAUUGCCGCUGUGGAGACCAUCAACAACGGGAAGUCCAUAUUUGAGGCCCGACUGGAUGUGGACACUUGCUGGCAGUGCCUGGAGUACUAUGCGGGCCUGGCAGCAUCCAUGGCAGGCGAGCACAUCCAGCUUCCAGGAGGAUCCUUUGGCUACACGAGAAGAGAGCCCCUUGGGGUGUGUGUGGGCAUAGGGGCGUGGAACUAUCCCUUCCAGAUCGCCUGCUGGAAGUCCGCUCCGGCACUGGCAUGUGGUAAUGCGAUGGUCUUUAAGCCUUCUCCUUUCACACCCGUGUCUGCUCUGCUCCUGGCCGAGAUCUACACCAAAGCUGGUGUGCCUCCUGGGCUCUUCAAUGUGGUGCAAGGUGGGGCUGCCACAGGCCAGUUUCUGUGUGAGCAUCGUGAUGUGGCCAAAGUCUCCUUCACUGGAAGUGUGCCCACCGGCAUGAAGAUCAUGGAGAUGUCAGCCAAAGGAAUCAAGCCCGUUACUUUGGAACUUGGGGGCAAAUCUCCUCUCAUCAUCUUUUCAGAUUGUAAUAUGGAGAAUGCUGUGAAGGGGGCCCUAAUGGCCAACUUCCUCACACAAGGCCAGGUUUGCUGUAAUGGCACUAGAGUGUUUGUGCAAAAGGAAAUUGUUGAUAAAUUUACAAAAGAAAUUGUGAAGCAGACUCAAAAGAUAAAACUUGGAGACCCCCUUCUGGAAGAUACAAGGAUGGGCCCACUCAUCAACGGCCCACAUCGGGAACGAGUCCUGGGGUUUGUAAAGUCGGCAAAGGAGCAGGGUGCUACCGUGCUGUGCGGUGGAGAGCUAUAUGUACCCGAGGAUCCGAAGUUAAAAAAUGGAUAUUACAUGACACCUUGCAUUUUAACUAAUUGCACAGAUGACAUGACCUGUGUCAAAGAAGAGAUCUUUGGACCAGUUAUGUCCAUUUUACCAUUUGAAACUGAAGCUGAAGUUCUGGAGCGGGCCAAUGACACCACUUUUGGACUAGCAGCUGGCGUCUUUACCAGGGACAUCCAGCGGGCUCACAGGGUGGUGGCUGAACUUCAGGCCGGAACGUGCUACAUUAACAACUAUAACGUCAGCCCAGUGGAGUUGCCCUUCGGUGGAUAUAAGAAGUCAGGUGAGGUGGUGGGAAAUGCCCAAACCAACCAGAUUUCCAGCGAUGCCAUGGUGGCCAGCAUUGCUACACCACAUACCAGCAAAGCCUCAGGAAGAUUUGGCAGAGAGAAUGGCCGAGUGACAAUUGAGUACUAUUCACAACUAAAGACAGUGUGCGUGGAAAUGGGUGAUGUGGAUUCUGCUUUUUGA